AUGCGGAGACCGGUUUCGAACAACGGACUUUCCACUCUCACAAUGCAACCAGUACGCGUUGAAUCAGUUGGGAAUUUCACACAAGAUCACCGGCUGUUUGACAAGGAUCAGUUGCCUCGCCAAUUGACCUUCAAUUCCUCAGGUUCUCUUGUCUGUUUUUAUACCUCUCAGUGGUUGGAAUGCUAUUCGGGAACGGACAAGUGGAUCAAGUUUUCUUCCUGGUCUCCAUCAACUGACGGAUGUCUGAAUGACGUAUACGGAGAUGUGAAGGAGUGGCUGAUUACCAGCGUCUGUUUCUUUGAUAAUCCCUACGUGCGUGACCUUUCUUCAACUUCUACUGCCCUGUGUGUUCUUUUAAACAAUCAACCACAGGACUGUUCUGCGGUAUGUUAUUUCCCUGAUGUGACAAAAUGUGUUCGUGCGGUAUUGAUAUCCUUGCGUGGUCUGCUUAGCACAUGUGAAUGGGUGCCGCCUCCGUGUAGCUUGGUCCCGGCAGUUGAUCCUCCCCCAGUUGACCGUGACCGAUCUACGCUUUUCCUGGAAACACUGGAUAUAUCUACUAUCGAAGCGAAGCGAAAUUCAUCGGAGAAACAAGUUGCAGAGCAGUUUUCUGGAUGUCUCGCCGUGGGAUUUCAACAGGGCUAUCUUGGCCUUCUGGAUAUGUGCCUCAGUUGGCCACGAGAUGGAGACUCUUCGGGACAAGUGGAAGUAGCUGUGGCUAUGGAGAAAACACAACUGUUGCAGCUCGUUCGCAAUAAUCAGCGUAUCUCAUUUGAUGCAUCAUCCAUGGAGCAUACUAUAGUCUAUUUUGAUGCAUCGGUUGUUCGUUGGAACGAAUUUCAGUACAAGUCCGUCAGCGGUAAAGUUUUGCGUGCGAUUCCUGCCGCUAGUGUGUAUGUUUCAACCCUGCGUUACAUACCAAACACACAGACUUUGGCUGUCGGUUUCAGUUUCGGAGGUUGGCAAUUAUGGUCGCUAAGCACUAUGUGUUUGGAGUUCUCCCUACGGCAGUUGCCCAGCCCUGCUGCGGUUGCGUCCAUCACUUUUCAAGAACCCUCGGACGAUCCACGUUUCUGUUGCUACCUGUGGGUCGGUUGGCAGUCGAGGAUAAUGGACAAGGUGAAUGAAGACAGCACACAACCGGAAGACCCCAAGUCUGUGUACAACAAUGCGCAAGCAAAACUCUAUCAACUGUUUUAUCGACAUCGUCAUGAAGAUCCCACCAGUGUACCCGGCGAUCCAACGUACCGGUACCAGGAGCUGAUCGGUCUAUCAGAGAGGCUUUCGACCUUGCUGUUCACAUCGAAUGUGAUCCCCGAUCCGUUUCCAGACCAGCUGUUAACCAUUCAACCGAUCCGAACAGCACACAACGAAAGUAAUUCCGGACCUUACGCCGCACAUCUGGUCGCUCUCGUAUGGCGCAUCAACGCUUCGACGAUUCGUAUCGGGUUAUUUGAUCUGGAUCGAUGGUAUCAUGCGCAACUGCCGACAUACAUCCGAUCGGACAACUCUUUUUUCGCCGUAUUCGAUGCUUCGGUUCCAAGGGACGGUGUCACACUACUCAAUGGCCAGUUACUUUCCUCAAGUUUAACGUCGUUUUGGAGCAAGAUUGCCUCUCGUGAACGUCAGCUCACCUCUGUGUGGGAACCUACGGGGACAGUGAACACUACCAAACAUCCGAGCCAUCAUUCGCUCUACGGUGCCACAAUGGCUAACCCCGUCCCGGAAGUUUGUCUUCGUCCAUCUGCGUUGUCAUUUGAUUUUCUCGUCGGUUGGUGUCUCCAACCAGACAAACCCAGCCCAGGCGGUCUCGCCCUAGUCCAGUUCACAUCUAGACAAGAGGCCUGCCUGAUGUUGCUCUCAAAGCACUUAUCCAGUACAAGUACAACUGGGCUGUCUCAUGGACGUUUUGAAAUCAAUGAUUGGCUGUCCGAAGCAUGGGUGACCGGUUUGUUGGAAGCUCCUGGAUUGGACCCAUUGGAUGACGAGGAUCUAGAGCGCCUACUCAGAUUGUCCAACGAGUUGACCGACCUCAGCGAGUACCGGAAACAGCGAUCUACUGAGGCUUCACGUGUCGGGUUUCGGUUGACCUAUGGUGAUGACUUGCAGGCAGAUAUGUUGCAAGAAUUGGAUAUUUUGUUGCGAAACGAAUCCAUCUCUACGGAAGCUGCCACGGGUCGUCCAGCCAAGCGCCAAAAGACACUGUCUAGCUCGAAUCCGGCCCCAAGUUCGCACGCUGAUCUUUCCAGUUCAACAGCUUUGCCAUCCACGGUGGUGCUCAGCCCGGCCUGGGUAUUACUGGCCAACUGUUUACUUGAGCACGGGCAUUUGGUCGGACUAAAGUCUUUGGAUCAGCUUGCAGCUGGAUGUGGUCCGUGUACACCAUGUAGUCCCCAAUUUCGACGAGUCUGGUUAUGGCUCCGUUUUCGAAGACUCAAAGCCCGUUUCGAUCGACAAACAGUUCCGCUGUUUGCCGCUCAGACCAGUAAUCUGUCUGGGUCGUUGUCCGUUGUGGAUUUCACUGAGCUCGGUUUCACAAGUGGUCAGCUUCAACAUCUUUCUUCUGUCGCACAAUACUGGUUCGGCAACAGUCAGGCUGUCGAGAUCGGUGCGAAGGACACGGCCCAAUCCACUCCAUUCUGGACAGUCAUUCAAACAUUCGCUACCUAUACCCGUUUAGUUGCUUUCCUCUGUCGUAUGGGUUUGCUUCCUCAGUCGCAAAACAGCACGAUGGAUCUAGUCAAGCUUGUCAGUCACGCAGGAUCGGAUGCACCUGAAUCGCUUCUGUCUCCCUACCAUCAUCAGCUGUUUGUUCAUCUGCUCAACCACAUGUACGUACGUUCACAUCCUUCGGUGGAUGAGGAUGUGGAAGAGUUGGAUGAACAACUUCUGCACAAACCCACAUUGAGUGAAGCUGUCUUGGAUGCUGCCGUGACUGGGUCGAUUGCCGCGGAUUCCGGCGACUCCUCUGUGAUGGACUAUCGAAAUGUGUGGUGGGAACAGGAGGAAGCCAGUGCAAGUGGCCCGUGGCUUGGCGAGAAUCGUCAACCGUCGUAUCCACCCAAACGUCUGCAGUCGGUGUGCGCCCUAUGGCAGCUUCCCAGCAAUCCGGCUGUGCUCAAGGCUCGCCUGGGUUUGUUGGGAUUUUUGCUCUGUGACGCUACCGCCGCGGUCGCUUUGGUGCAGGAAACAGCGCCCCGGCCGACCGGCGAUAGGAAUCAGACUUCUCGAAUGCUUGCUUUGAAGCUGUGUCAACACGUAAUGUCUCUGUUUGCCAAGGAGUUCCCAAUCUGUCGACCGCUCUUGCCAACAAUAUUCGUCCUGUGGCUCAUUGAUCGAGGAUUUUUCAAGGAAUCCCUAUCCAUGCAACUGAUAUCAUUCGUCACCAACGUCAAACUUGACCCGCACUGCCGUGCUCCCAAACUUGUCCAGAUAUUCCCCAACCAGACUGCCAUACUAGAACGCUGUUUGAAAUCCUCUGAGCAAGCGGACGCAUUUCGUACACUGACGCAACUGUUCCGUUUGCCUCCCGUGCAAGAAAUGAUCCCAAGCAACGCACAACGGUGUGAUUUAGUCGCAGAUUUCCAGGCGACCGGUGCACCCUUCUUGGCCCUCAGUCGACUUCGACGUGCCCUGUGCAAAAUGCAAUCAUCCAUUCACAUGGAUGACCCCAUCCCUAACGAUAUUACAGAGAAGGCGGAACGGAUGGCGCAGGAGGCGUUUAUUCAUGUUGCAGAGGCCUGUAGACACGCUGGACGCUUGGGUGACCUUGUGAAUUUGGGCUUGUCUUCUUCGGAAGCUCGGAUUUUGGUGGACCACUAUUGGCGCUCAGGCCGCUUCGACGUACUGUUUCACUGUCUGCUUGCUCGAAAGCAAUACUCGAACGCUCUAUCGGUGUUUGAAGAAUGUCGACGCCACGGAUAUUGUGACAUUCCGAGUACGGCUCCUAAUAGCCAAGACAACACUGAAACCACGUUGAAUUUUAUCUCAAAGCUUCUGUCAGACUCUCUACCGGCCUGCACAGAUGACAUUGGGCCACAAGAGGGAGACAAGCCCAGUAAGAUUGCACGGGCUUUAACUUGUCUGUUCUCGGAAAGUACCGGGGAACGAGAAACGACUGUCCCGAACAUGUAUGCAGUGGCUUAUCGGCGUGAUUCUGCCGUCACGUGUCCACUGACCACAAAAAAACGGGAGGAUACAGUCCUCAAACGUUCUCGGAAACGUGACUAUUCGCAUCCUGACCUAGCCGGAUUCUCCUCGGACGAAGAGUCUUCCUCUCCGGGUCGAUCCAGUCGACUACUGUCUACUGCAAAGAAAAGUUCCUGCGAAUUUUGGGAGACGUUUCAUGAGCUGGAGGGUAUCCGUCGAAGUUACAAUCUCAGUAGCACCUGCACCAAGUGGAACGACUCGAGUUUCUUAUCUCAACCAAGCGUUCGACCAAGUGUGGCAGAAUCACGGCAGUCCAAGAAUAACACCGAUCGUCUGUUCAAAUCCAUAUACACGCCGCCACCACAGCGGCACAGGAAGGUUCAAGAUGGACCACGCAGGCGGUCUCCGCUCCAUGCUCGACGUUCCUAUCGACCGGUCCUUGGAGAUACUCAUACACCAGUUUCCAUUCUCAAGUCCCCAGCACCACCGAAGCCCUCCAGUGUGUCUCCUACGCCGGUUGCUAACGGGUCCACGACCGCGGAAGAACACCACCUUGAUGCUACGCUAGAUGAAGUGGAUAGCGACGUGACCCUAAACCUCUCCACCAUUCGCCCAAGUUGUGCAUCUUUGACGGCAACCCCUCUGGUCCAUACCCCCACCCCACAUAGCUCCGUCACGUCCGUUUUCACUUACCCAGCUCCACAACGUCUCUCCAUGACCCGUUUGUCCCCAAAUGAAACGGAAGAGCAGGAGAAAGUGAUCAAAUCGGAACCAGAAUUCCACUUUGCCGUUCCACUGAGCCAGCCAUUUAAAAAACCCGUAUCUCCCCCAAAAUCUUCUGCAUCAACGACUAGUCACGAAGUGGUGCUGCCCGACGCAGAAGACAACAUGGUGAUCACACCUGUCAGACCCAGUCACCAAGACGAAAUGGCACGAACGUCUUCAAAUCCCCCUACCUCCGGUUCUGCAAGCCCUAUCAAGAAGACAGUUCAUCAGCCGAGUGAAACUCUUCCUGCUUGGCGGUUUUUGAGCACUAGUCAGCCGGAUCGCAUCAAGUCUCAGCCGGAUACUUCUGUGGCUGGCGAUGCGCGACUAGCAGAAGACGAUUCUAUGGACCUGGAUGACACCGCGUCUGUGACGAGCUCGAUGAGCGAGUCGUCAAUGUCUUUAGAAACUCCCCGUCGUUCUGGGCGCCGUGAAACUUCGACAGCCCACAACCGGUUUCAUUCUUCUUGGGGCUCAUCAGGUAGGCGCAGUCCCCGAGUUUCCGUCAAUCUUAUAUUCUACCUGAACCCAAAUUGGACUAUUUUCGAGAAAUACACUCAUUUGCAACUCCAUUUGGUUUUCACGGGCGACUCAAUUGAAUCUCUCGUUUAUGAUGUCCUCCAACUGAAUGUGCUGGACACAGGCCUCAUGAUUCAUUUGGCAAGAUAUUCGAGAUAUCGCAGUAUAUUUUCAUAA